UUAUAGUCUUAAGUACGCCUUGUUAAAAAAAAUGGCACACACAAUGGUGAUGGAGAAAGUUAAAAUUGCAAAACCUUUCGAUGAGGCUCUGUGUUUGGCUGGUUUCGGGAAAUUUAAUAUCUACGUACUUCUAGCAACUGGACUAUGUCUCAUGUGUGUGAUAAUUGAAUCCAUGUGCGCCAUGUUCAUCACACCAGCCGCCCAAUGCGACCUAAACCUAGAUUUAUCACAAAAGGGUCUUAUGUACUCGAUCAGCUUUCUUGGUAUCGUCUCCAGUUCCCAUAUGUGGGGAUAUUUGGCAGAUACGAAAGGAAGGAAAAUUGUCCUUAUAGUGUCACUGGUAUCCAGUGCUGUUGUUGGCUUUAUAUGCAGCUUCGUUUCGUUGCCGUGGUUGUUCAUUCUGUUGAGGUUUAUAAAUGGGUUUUUAAUUGGUGGGUCAUCAGCCAUAAUAUAUGCUUUUGCUGGUGAAUUCCACGACGACAUAUUCCGGCCCAAAGUGGUAUCCUGGAUAGCCACCUUCGUGGCUCUUGGGAACAUGUACCUGCCAGGUUUGGCUUGGGUUGUUUUACCGCAAAAUUGGUCCUUCGAAAUACCUUAUAUAAAUUUACUUUUUAGACCUUGGCGUCUUCUGGCCAUAAUAUAUUCUAUGCCUAGUCUAUUGGCGGCUUUUUUAAUUUUUUUUUUGCCAGAGAGCCCCAAAUACUUGUUGACCCAGGGCAAGCAUAAGGAGGUCAUGGUUAUCUUAACGAAGAUAUUUUGCGUUAACACUGGGAAGAAACCCGGAGACUACGCGGUAUCGUCGAUAAUCUGGAGUGAGGCUGUGACAGGUGUCCAACAUGAAGAGAACGAGAAUAUGUUUAAGUCCAUGUGGAGGCAAACUGUUCCACUGUUUAAAAGAGAAUUUCUUGUCAAAACGUUAUUGGUGUGCUUCCUCCAGUUUUCAAUUUUUUUAACAACGUCUUCGAUAAUAAUGUGGUACCCACAAAUUUUAAACAGUAUGACUGAAUAUGGGAAAAAUGAAUCUGAAAGUAAAGUGACUAUGUGUAAAUCAAUUUUAUUUGAUGAAGAAACGACGGUAGCCGCAGAAACAUCGGGUAAAUCUUUAAUAUCUAAAACAUGCCGUGACACAGUGAAUACCGAAGUAUUUCUAGUCUCUUUGGUGGUUGGAAUAGCUUACGCUUGCUGUUACGUCUUCAUAGGGAGCGUGAUCAACAUCCUUGGAAAAAAGAACCUGCUUGUGGGUUUCCUAGUUGUAACCACUGUAUCUGGAUUGUGCGCGCAACUCUUGAGUGGAUAUUCCUUAAUCCAGAUCGGCCUAGGAAUAUUCUUAAUGGCUGGAACUGGAAUAGGAAUUGUCAAUGCCAUAUCGGUAGACUUAUACCCCACACAGAUACGAGGUAUGGCUUUGGCAGUUUCUCUCAUGUUCGGAAGAUUUGGCGCCAUGACCGGAUCCAAUAUUGGAGGUCCUUUGAUGUCCCAAAUCUGCGACUACACGUUUUAUAUAAUUGCCACGAUCCACAUUCUUAUUAUCAUUGUUGUGGUGCUGCUGCCAUCUGCCCAGAAAAGCCGGACUGAAGUUGAAACAAAAGAAGAAAGAUAACAAACACCUGAAAGUUAUAAAUUAUUUAUUACUUAUAAUUAAUAAACUUCUAAGUUUUAAA